AUGCAAUCCAACAAAACACAGAAACGGCGAUGGGAGAGGGAGAAUACCUUACCAAGGAAACGAGCGCGUCAAAGUUGUGAGGCCUGCAAGGCUCGCAAAACCAAGUGUGUCGGUGUCGAGAAUGGCGACUGCGAAUAUUGCAAGUCGCUUAAUGUACCCUGUGAAUUCAAUCUCAAAAACCGGAAGCGACCAUUUUACAGGGUAUCUGAGGAAGCCUACGAUUAUUUGAUUAAGCUGCUCCGACGAUUCGUUUCUGAAGAGGAGCUGCCGGAGCUCACAGUCGCAAGCAUAAGUGGUUACCUCGAGCAAAUGAAUAACGAGCCUGAACACGUCUUGUCUGAGGAUCGUGACAGAAACGCAGACCCCAGCGACAUUGUCUCAAUUCCGAACCCUCGUGGCGAUCCGCAAGAGCUGACGGUGCCCAACGAUAAUUCAAUAUUCCAGGAAGAGCUGGGAUGCAUGACUCUGGAUUCGUCGGGGAAAUAUAGAUAUGUCGGCGCGAAUUCCUCACUUCGAUGGUAUCACGCUGCGCGCAUGGUCAGUGAGCGAGCCGUUCCUUCAGAUCCACGCGUCGUUAUCCCAUUGAAAACAGGCUUGCUUCCACCAACCACGCCCGAAAGUGUCGCUAGUCAACACCGAGUCGAGCACUACCUGCCGUGUCAUCGGCUAUCUAUGGAGUACACCGCACGGUUCUUUGCACAGGCCCAUUCGAUGCAUUGUUUCUAUUCGCUCGAGCAAUUUUACACAAUGCUGGACCAUACUUUGGAAAAUCAGGGGAAAACUUCAAGUUCUUCUUGGCUAUGUUCGCUUUACUCUAUUUUCGCGAUCGGAUCAAUACGACCGAAAGGCACGCCAACAACGCCGGAUAAAACCCUUCCCGAGGAUAUUACAACUCCAGCCGGGUAUCUUGCACUGGCAAAGGAACUAGUCCCCCGGGCGGCGGAGGACGCCGAUAUUGAGAGUGUUAGAGCAUUCGCAUUGCUAAGCCUGGCGAUGCAUUCAAACUGUUAUAGUCUGGAGGCAUAUCUGUAUCUUGGUACAGCGGCGCGAAUAGGAUUCUCGCUCGGUUUGCACCGCGACAUAUUCCCAAAGGAUCUCUCAACGGUUGAUCGAGAGCGAUACCGGCGGGUAUGGUGGACGGUAUACAUCCUGGAUCACGAGAUGGCAAAUCGGUAUGGCUAUCCAUGUGCGAUUUCCGACGAUCUGGGUUUCAUGACAACAGGUCCCGCCUCGGAGCGGAUUUUGGAUCCAUCUCCGAACAUGCCACAGGGCUUCCAGACCCUCUCCGUUAGUCUUGUGCAGCUCCAGAAAAAGAUCAACCUGGAAUGUUUCUUGGAACCAUGUCAUGGCGGCGGCCGGCUGCCUAUUAACCUAGUGACCCAGAGUCUAACAACGCUGAAGAAGUGGUUGGAAAAGGUACCUCAUCAUCUGCGUUGGGACUGUGCUGCACCCCCACAACAUCUGCGAUCAAUCGCAGUUCUUCACUUGCGGUAUUGGUCCUUAGUGAUCUCAAUAUCACGUCCCUUUUUGCUACUCUCAGUAACAAAGGCUGGGGAAAUCGACUCCCUCAUCAGACUCAGGUGUUAUGAUAAACUUAGCAACGCCUGCAUUGAAGCAGCAGAGAUGUCAGUCCGUAUCUUGCAGCGGAUGCAGGAUAUGAACAUACUGUCCAGUUUAACACUGAACGACUGUCAUUGCGCAGGGGAAGCGAUGUGCGUUCUCCUGCUGGCGCUUCGGAAGGCUCAGAGUGCUAAGCAUCAAGAUAUGUUGCGCACCUGCCUGGGCACCUUGGCGAGCAUGGAAAAAGUUGGUUGGUGCGAGCGGAUCGUGCCUGAUAUACAGGCACGUGUGUAUGAGAGUGGCGUACUGGACUUGGAGGCCCCGACGGGGAUUCAGGAGCAGAAUUUGCUCUCGGAUGGACCAGGGAGCUCGGAAUAUACGGAGUUGUGA